CCGAGGAGGCGGGAGGCGGCGGAGGCGCUUCCGCGGAGGACGACGAAUUGACGGAGCGCAUCGAGUGCGCCAGGCCCGCGCCGCACCCCGCCGAGGUGGGUCCGAACGGGCGGGCGCCGAUGUCCCUCCUGGAGCUGCCCCCCGAGCUGCUGGUGCAGAUCUUCGGCUCGCUGCCCGGCAACCUGCCCAGCCGGGCCCGGGGAUGCACCACCUUCCGUCGCAUCCUCCGCACCGACACCAUCUGGAGGCGGCGCUGCCGGGAAGAGUACGGUGUGUGUGAAAACCUGCGCAAGUUGGAGAUCACAGGCGUGUCCUGCAGGGAUGUCUAUGCCAAACGUAUAAACCCACGGGUGAAGUCGGGACGUUUUAUGAAAAUCCUUCCCGACUACGAGCACAUGGAGUACAGAGAUGUUUACACCUGCCUGCUGCACCGAUACCGACACAUCCUGGGGUUGUGGCAGCCGGACAUUGGGCCCUAUGGGGGACUGCUGAACGUGGUGGUGGAUGGUCUGUUCAUCAUUGGAUGGAUGUACUUGCCACCUCACGACCCUCACGUCGAUGACCCGAUGAGAUUCAAACCUCUCUUCAGGAUCCAUCUCAUGGAGAGGAAAUCUGCAACGGUUGAGUGUAUGUAUGGCCACAAGGGACCUCAUAAUGGCCACAUCCAGAUAGUGAAGAAGGACGAGUUCUCCACCAAAUGCAACCAGACAGAUCACCACCGCAUGUCAGGGGGGAGGCAGGAGGAAUUCCGGACGUGGCUGCGGGAAGAGUGGGGUCGCACGCUGGAGGACAUCUUCCAUGAGCACAUGCAAGAGCUCAUCUUGAUGAAGUUCAUCUACACCAGCCAAUAUGACAACUGCUUGACAUACCGACGCAUCUACCUCCCUCCAAGCAGCCCUGACGACCUCAUCAAGCCAGGUCUCUUUAAGGGGACGUAUGGGAGCCAUGGGCUGGAGAUUGUCAUGUUGAGCUUUCAUGGAAGGAAAGCCAAGGGGACUAAAAUCACUGGAGAUCCCAACAUCCCAGCCGGGCAGCAGACUGUGGAGAUAGACCUGGCUCACCCCCUGCAGCUACCUGACAUCGAGAACCUUCGUGAUUUCAGUGAGCUCUCUCGCAUUGUCCUGGAGGUGCAGGAGCAGGUGCGGCGGGAGGAGCAGGAGGAGGAGCAGCGCAGGGAGGACGAGGAUCGCUUCCAGCAGGCUGCCUCCUCACCUGCUGCACAGCCCCAGGGAGGAGAAGGUGCCGAAGGGGAAGAGACUACGGCUGUGGCAGAGCUGGCAGCCCAGGACAAGGCUCCAGCAUCCCAGCCCUUCGUGCUGCCCAUGGGGGUGAUAUCGAGGAACGAGGACUACCCCCGGACCUGCCGCAUUUGUUUUUACGGGACGGGGCUCAUUGCUGGCCAUGGCUUCACCAGCCCCGAGCGAACGCCCGGUGUUUUUGUGCUCUUUGACGACGAUCGCUUUGGAUUCAUCUGGCUGGAGCUGAAGUCCUUCAGUCUGUACAGUCGGAUCAAAGUCUCCUUCCAGAACGCCGAAGCGCCUUCCCGUGAGGCUUUUGAUGAAAUGCUGAAGAAUAUUCAGUCGUUGGCUACUUGAUGGGUGAUUUGUGAUGGACAGGGCUAAGGGCUGCAAAGGCUGUUGCGCUCCCCAACCAGAGAUAUGCUGGGGAUUCCUUGCUCUUCGUACCUCUGAAGGAAAGCAUGCACUUUUAAUAAAGCCUUUUUAUCCCCCAAUGUACACACCCCUGUUAAAAUAUCCACGAGUGCCCUUUCCUCCCUGCUGCCCCUCACUGCUCCCCUAGCAGUCCUUGGUCUGUAGCAUAGCUUUGAAUAGCUGAAGGGAUCCUGCAGAGGAGGACACGGAGCUUUCUUAUUGCAAAAAAAAAAAAAGAAUGUACUGGAAGAAAAAUAACUGAAGCUCAGAGUUGGAUCACAGAACAGCUAAUUAACUGGAUGGACACGAACCCUCUGCAGUGGCCAUUAGGAGUUUCCCAUGGAGCAAGCUCUCCUUCAGGGAGGGGAUUCAUUUAAGCCUUUGCUGUGCUCCGGGCCUGUCUGUCCUCUUGGGAGAACUGCUUUACCCUCCUGCAAACUGCUCAAUCCCCUGCUGCAGACUGGCUGGCUGCUUAAUGUUAAUUGCAUCGGCGCCGAGCAAGCACGUCCUCCUCUCCAGAAACCUUUCUCUGGGUGCUGCAUCAUCAAGAGGGGCUGGUGUGUCAUGUACCUGCAUCUCUGGCUGAGUAAUUAGAGAGGGUCGUUUCCUUGUGAGAAAUCCCCCGUUGGGCAGCAAGGGGAGGGCUCCCCUGGGAAUGGCUCCUGAAGGUCGAUGGCUGUGCUGUCCCUGGGGCUCAGGGCUGCUUCCCUCAGCGCAGGGGGUUCUUGUUUCUCACAGGAGCUGGGUACAGAGCUGCAAGUGGGAGUGAAUAGCAGAAGCUGCUGCAUUCAGAACUGCUUUUGUAGCUGAAAGCUGGGCCUGAAAUCUAACGGAGGGGGGGGGAAAAAAAACAAGGGUGAAAUAAACCCCAAUGCAGCCUUUUGAGUCCUGUCUGUGCUGGGCAGCAGGAAUGCUGUCACUGGUACUGCUGCGACCUCAGUUAUCAGGUUGCCCUGUGCAGUGAGGAGUUCUGGUGUCUGUGGCUCACUUUGUGGUUGGUGCUGACAGGUUGAUGCUGCUGCUCUGCUCACGAGACCCUUCUGUUCCCUUUCUAGCCACGCGUGUUUCAUCCCAGAUGAUUGCUGCUCAGAAAUCUCCUGGGCUCAGUUUCUUUCCAAGAUGCCUCUGUGGGCUGCUGUUGGGAGAGCCAGGUUCCCCACAGGCCGUAAUUCUGCUCAGCAAUGCAGCGUAGGAAAAUCCUGCCCAGCUAAUGUACAAAUUGUGUCUUGUGCUCCAAACCAUCCCAGCACAUUUCGUUAUUAAUCCUCUCUCUGUAGGAGGAGAUAAUUGGGAUCUUUGUGUGAAGAAGAGAGCAGUUGGUGAGGAAGGCCUUGGUCGGAAGUAAAACGCGUCCUCUGUUGCAGAUCCUCCCCAGGGAUGAGGUGGGUUUGUCUAACAGAACUCCGCAGGUUUUGGUCUGUAAACGUGUUGUGCAGGAAGGAUUUGAGCCCUCUCUUAGGGAGCACUUUGAGCAGCUUUUCAUCCUCCCUGUCAGAAGGGCUUUUUGCCAUUUCUGGCUCUGGAGCGUUCCCUCGGGCUGCGUGAGAUCUGAGCCUCCAGCAGAGAUUUAGAGCAGAAGGUCACAUCCAUCACAGGAUUAACCUGUCUCUUUGGGUAGAGUUUCACAACCCUCUGGGAACAUGAAGGCGAUUUGGGGCGCUUUUUUCUUUGCUUCCUGCCGCCUCGUCAGUAGUGGAAAAGCUGGCUGUGUGUUAGAGGUGAGGAUCCGAAAUGCUGUUCCCGUCCUGGUGAAUAAAGCUGCAACAGGAGUUUCUGAGCAGCCUGCUGGAGAUGUGCCUGUUGGUGUGGGCAGAAGGAAGGGCUGGCUGUGGUCUCGCCCCUGUGCUGUGCAGGGCUGGGAGAGAGGCAGGGAGCUGAGCUGGAGGGCUGAGAGAAACCCCCUUGGGCAGCUGGUUUAAAAUCACUUGUCCCUAAAAACCACCUCUGCUUCCAUCAGCGCCGUGCCUGUGGUUCUGAUUUCUGCAUUCCUCCUUCCCACAACAUCCCCGCUCGCCUGGCGAAGAAGAGACAUAAGACAACCCUGCACUUCUGCGUAGCUGCCUUAAUAGCUUUUGCUUUUCUAAGAUUGCAAAUGAGCCUGUGUUGUGCUGCAAGCUCGGCCUGGGACCUGAAGCGCUGCCUCGUGAGUACAGACACUGGCUUCAGCAGGUGUCUCCUGUAACCUGCUGUGUUGGCUCAGCUGAAUGCGUAAAGGCAGCAUGAAUAUGAUUCAGUGCUGUGUCACGGAGUGCUUUUAGGAGUUGCGAGCUGCAGCUCGGCUUCUCCUUGCUGCCAGAGCCUGCCUUGGGCAGCAGGUGGCAGGAGAGCUUUGCUCGGUCCGGGUUUUGCUGCUUGCACAAGGACGCUCAGGAUGGCUGGCGUGGAUCCCCUCUGAAGGUGAGAGCUGCGUGUUGGGAAGUGCUGCCUUCCACGUGUCAGCUCUGCCUCCGUGGGUUUGUGCUGUACCUGCCUGGCCUCAAAGUGUCAGAGCGUGCCGGUCCUGAUGAAAGGCAAACCUGCCGUGGCUUUAUUCUGCCUAGAGCAGAGGCGGUGAAAAUAGCGAGCCCUGUAUCCGUGCUCCUCCUUUCCCUUCCCUGUUCACCUUCUGAUCCUCGAGGCCUGGCAGGCUGUUGGGAUGUGGCAGCGUUUGGCAGGGUGGUAACAAACUGCUGCUGCUGUGCCCUGGUUCUUUUCGCUCUGUGCAGGAAGAACUUAGGGAGGGCUGCCUUUGCAUCUCGGCUCCAGAUGCUGAGAAAGAUGGAAAACAACCUGCCUGGGUAGGAAUCCUCCUGGUGGAAACGUUCUGCAAUAAACACAGUGCUUGCAAUUAGAUUGCAGAGCAGCACUGCCCCAGUAGCCACAGCGUCUAAUUAACUCCAAUUUAGGAACUUGAAGCAAAUGACUUACGUGCUCAGACUGUGUUGUGCUCCUGGGUUGUGCUUUGUGUUGUCAAAACACACGGCUUUGGCCAGCUGGAAAACACAAGCAUCAGAGAUCCUCCUCCAGCCCAUUUGUUUGUGUUGGGCCCGAUAGCACUGCUAUAAAUGCACUGUGACAGCGCUGCGGUUGUGCUAUUUCAGUCCGUGCUGCCUCGUCAGGUGUUUGUUUUGUGGCAGGAGGAGCAAAAAGGGUGGAACCAAUUGUGACUUGGGCUGCCAGCUUUCCUCCGUGGUGACACUGAGCCGCGCGGUGGGACGGGUGGCAAAUAAACAGGGAAGUUGUGUUGGGGAGAGGGCAAAUCCACGUGCAAGCUUGCUUGGAGGUGUAAACAGCAGGAAAAGGCUGCAGCUGGCUCAGCGUUUGCCUUCAAAAGAUGGCUUUUUAUUGCUUUUUAUUAAUAAAAAAACCUAGUGAAACUUAA